CACACACUACACAUACACACACUACACACACAUACAUACACACACACACGCACACACACACACAAACACACACAGCUGGCUUAUUCGGCAGCUAUUCUCCUUUUAGCACAAGUGUUCACUAUAGCUUCUUGUGACAAAACCCUCAAAAUGUUAGCUUGUGUUUAAAUAAAGUACAAACGGAUAACAACCGGCUGACGUUAGCUCGCUAGCUAACGAUACACAUCAAGCGGCCAGUAGCAUCUUUCGCUUCGCUAGCUGUCACCGGAGAUCACUGGAUCGUGUAUGAGAAGCUGUAAAUAUUGGUACAACUUUGCCUGAUAUUUGAGAAGAGCCACCAAGACUCUUGAUUUUGAAUAUUUAUUUUUUUGAUCGUGUUGUCUGUUGGCCCGUAGUUUUGUCAAAACGGCGCCGUUAACGAACUGCACCCUUAUUGCAUACUGUCAGAGACCAACUACCCCCCGGAUCCUCUCGAAAUGCAUCAUCCGGACCCUGCAGGAGACUCUGGCAGUGUUAGAAAGAUGUCGCACCCGGGUGUCUUUCACAGGAGGGGUAGCACUACAGGCAGCGGGAGCGGCUCUGCGCUGUCAACACCGGCGAACCCGGUGGUCAAUAACAGCCACGUCCCCGCCGAUGAUUAUCAACCCUCCCUGUUGAUUCAGUGCCAACCUCCUGCUGGUUCAUCCUCCCCGAGUCCCCAUCAUCAUCCUCCUCCUCCCCACAGCCUGAAUUUACAUCCCCAACCCCAGCCCGCGCAGUCCACCGGGGCUCAGAUGAAAAAGAAGAGUGGUUUCCAGAUCACGAGUGUGACUCCUGCGCAGAUAUCUGUGAGUACCAACAACAGUAUUGCAGAGGACACGGAGAGCUAUGAUGACCUGGAUGAGUCCCACACAGAGGAUCUGUCUUCUUCUGAAAUCCUGGAUGUAUCUCUCUCCCGAGCUAAUGACAUUGUCGGAGCCGAGAGGAGCUCCUCAGAGGAGACGCUGAAUAAUUUCCAUGAGGCGGAGACCCCCGGAGCUGUAUCCCCCAACCAGCCUUCACACCCCCAUACCCUGAACAUGGUGAACGGGACUGUGCACCAUCACCAUCAACAUCCUCAUCAUCCUAACCAUGUCCAGGCCUACCCUCUGUCCUCCGGGGCUGGGAGCACCCCGUCUGCCCUCACGUCUGGAGCUUUACCUUGUGUCACCCAGAAAAUGCCUUCUAACAUGGGGGAGAAUGUUUCCCAGGCAGCCCCUCCAAGUGGCGUUGCUCAGCCUGUGGGGGUUGUGGCCCCGGGAUCUGUACCAGGAAUUCACAGCUCUGCUACGGGCACUACAGUUAGCAUAGUUAAUCCCCAGACCAGCAGUGUUAGUAAUGUGAAUAUGUUGAGCUCUGCCAAUGUGCCUGUGAGGGGGGGGAUCAGUACGAGUGCUAGCAGUAGCAGUGGUGGCUUUCCUCUCAAUGUGAUAAGCAGCAGUGGGGGCAGCGGAGGUGGAGGUGGUGCUGUUGCCACUGGGGGUAACCUCAUGGCCGCCACUAAUGUCAGCAUGAUUCAGCAACACCAAAACAUCAACUCAAACAUCACUAUGACUACUACGACCACUGCUGCUACUGCUGCUGCUGCUGCUGCUGCUGCUGCUGCUGCCAGUGCCUCUGGAGGAAUGGGACUCUCCAGUGUGAUCCAGGGCCGAGUUGGAUCUGCUGUGCUGCAGCCCGCCAGUGCCACUGUUACAGCUAUGGCUACAGCCCCUAUACCAUCUACUCCUGCCCCAGCUCCAGCCCCUGCAAUUGCUACCACCAGCUCUCGCUUCAGGGUGGUGAAGCUGGACUCUAGUUCUGAGCCCUUCAAGAAGGGCAGAUGGACAUGCACUGAAUUCUAUGACAAGGACACUCCAGCCUCUGCUUCCAGCUCCUCCACAUCUGAAGCUGGGUCUCUCAGCAUGCGUCAGUUUGUCUCUGAGAGCUUUGCUGGGGGCUCAGAGAGGGAAAGCACAAGUGGUAGCUCUGUGAGUAGCACGAUAAGUACAUUGAGCCAUUAUACUGAGAGUGUGUGCAGUGGAGAGGCUGGGGGACCCCCAGUACCCCAGCAUGCCCAGGAUUAUGCCUCCCCUCCUCAGGGCUUUCAAACAAUCCUCCCGAGUGGCUUAAGCAUGGGUGUGUCACAAACCCAGCCUCACAUGCAGCCCCAGGAUUUUACCCAUUCACAUGUAAAGACUACUGUGGCCCCCUCGACCCCCACAAACAUUCAACAGCCCGCACCCAUGCCGGGCCACCAGGCCACCAUUGGACUCUCUACGUCUGCUGUAUCCCAGCAGCAGCUCACCUAUGCCCAGGCAGUUGCUAAUCAACCUCAAGGCUCCACACAGGGCAUAGUGGGUGUGCAGCAGCACAAGAUAGGGUAUGCCUCCCUGCCACAGCAGCCACCUGCUAACCCACAAGGAGCUCCGGUGCAGGUGAGGCCACCUGAGUACAGCCAGCAACACCAGGGUAUCCCCCAGGCAGCUGCCUCUCAACCUCUGAUGAACCAAGCUGGAACGGUUCCCUCCGGGCCAGCUAAUGGAGCAUGUCAGAUGAUGGGAGGCCCGCAGCAGUCACAGGCACUCCUCCACACACAGCCCCAGCAGCCCCCUUCCCUUCAAGCCACCACCUCUCAUGUUGGAGUUGCAGGUCUUGGCCAGCAGCCUCAGAGCCACCCUGCCCAUCUGGAUUGCCAGCAGCAGAAGCCACAGUCACUCCCAACACAAAUCCAAAACCCGGGCCUGGGCACCCAGAUGCCCACUACAAUCCACCAGAGCCAAGUGUCCGCACCAAGUGUGCCUCCUCCCAACCCCCAGAGUGAUCCCCAGGCCCAGCAUCAAGCCCACAAUGCUGGGAAUAGUGGUAGGAUGCCCCCACAGGGUAUUCCCCACAACCAGCCGUCGUGUAUCAACCUGUCCCAGGACCACAGCACUGCCCAGGCCCUGGCUCAUGCCGCCCAGGCCAGUGCCCUCUAUGCUAGCCUGCCCACCUUCACCACCACUCAGCUGCAGGACGCCCAGCGGCUGCUCCUCCAGCACCAGUCGGCUCUGUUUGGGAUGACCAAGCUGUCCGGAGGAGAGGCUGGAUCGGGAUCUAACACUGGCCAGGGUCAAGAAGCUGAGGGCAGCGCCACCACCGCCAGUGCCUUAACUGCAUCAGCUGGUCUCAAGAACGUAGAUGGAGAGGAGGAUGGUUCGUCAGGAGCCAGCGUUGUGGCCAUAGACAACAAGAUUGAACAAGCAAUGGACCUGGUGAAGAGUCACCUGAUGUACGCCGUGCGCGAGGAGGUGGAGGUCCUGAAGGAGCAGAUCAAGGAGCUGAUCGAGCGUAACUCCCAGCUGGAGCAGGAGAACACCCUGCUGAAGACACUGGCCAGCCCAGAGCAGAUGGCCCAGUUCCAGGCCCAGGUCCAGACCGGCUCCCCGCCCGCCGCCCCUACAUCUGCCGCUCCAGGGCCCCCAAGCACCGCCACCCUCGCCCAGCCCGCCUCGCACAGCUCUGGCCCCUCGGCGUAGCCCAGUCUGCGCAAACACAAACUUGACUGACUUGACUGUUUUUGAGCUCUGCUACGGCAGCAGAGCUAAACCUUGCCUUCUACAGCAGGAGGUUUCGCUGUUAAGACAAGAAUUUGCACAUAUUUAUCUCUCAGAAGGAUGCAGCUAGCGGGACGAGUGGGGCAGUGGAGGGUGACAAUCUUGAGACGCUCUACGGGGGGUUGGUUUCAGAGGAGGAGGAAUCAUCGAACAUUUGCCAAAUAACCCUUGGACAUAUCAACUAGAAUGUCUUAUUAAGAAGGAACAAAACAAGCUUAUCAGUGGCGAUAAUAUACUUAAUUAUAGAUUAAAAAAAAAAUCACUGUGCCUGUGUCUGGAUUUUAAGUGAUGUCGAUUUUACUGAUGAUGGCGAAGGAAGAGUAGGAGGUGGAGGACUGUGUUGGUUGUUACCAUUUUUUGCUGAAUGAUGUAAUGUAAAUAAACGCGGUUCUCUCUCAAGGCUAAAGUUACAGGCAGAGAGAUUUGAGAGAGAGAGAGAGAGAAAGCGAGAAAAAACGCCUUCUCAGAGUGACAAAUGAAGAAUGUGAGCAAUUAUUAUCAUGACAAAGUCCCCAUCUGGAAUGGGGUGGGGUGGGGGGGGGAGUCAGGGGAAGGGUAUUUUGAACAACACUUGGCAGCAUUGAUGACGUUACUUCAACUGUGGGUUGGUGGGAUGAACAAAACGUGGUUUCUUAUGGAAAUGAUAAUAUUAUAUUUUCAGUAUUUCACUUUCAAGCUCCUCAUUUUUGCCCGUGACAAAAGCUCAUCGUUGCUGUUUUCUCAGCCCUGCAGUGGCAUGUAAUUUAAACCUUAUUUGACAGGGUUGAGAGACAUUUGGGCUAAGCUGCAUUUUUUUUUUUUUUUUUUUUUUUCCUAAAAAGUUUGGACAGAAGAUGAUGUAUAUUUCUGUAUAGUGUAAGUAACAUGUAAAAUAGUGAGGAGGAGAGAAGAAAAACAACAGAUGCUAUCUAGGUCACACAGAUUGAAGUGGGGAAGCGAGGAACGUGCUGGUCUUGCUCAGUCUGUGUCGUCUAUUUUUAAUGCUGUAUUUUCAGGAUUGUGGAUCGAUGGGAGUUUAGGUUAUUUAAGUGACAACACACAGCCAACAAUGUUGUCCAUAUCCCCUACUGCUACAAUAACUCUUACUGUAAAACCAUUUUCACUUGGCUCCUUUUUUUUUUUUUUUUUUUUUCCUGACGUAUUGCACCUUUUACGAUUUUUUUUUUUUUAAUUUUUGACAGUGAAGUACUUCUGGAUGAACAAUAUCUUCAACCUUUAAGAAAAAAAAAAACAAAACAACAAAAAACAAUACAAAUACAAACAAACUCUGGAGAUGUUUUUUCUUUUACAUUCUGUGUAUCAGUUGUAUGCUCAUGUUCUGUGCAUGUUUUCCGCAAAGACCGGAUGAGAAAUUGUAACAUACAUACCACAAAAUUGCACUUGACAGCCGCACUUCACAACUUUCAAUAAACAUGCUUAAGGAAGAAUAACUUA